AUGAAGAAGAUAUUUUUGAUUGAUUGUCCAGGUAUUGUUCCUCCAUCGCUGAAAGAUACUGAAUCUGAUAUUUUAUUUAGAGGUGUUGUCAGAGUUGAGCAUGUUUCGAAUCCCGAGCAAUAUAUUCCAGACAUGUUGACUAAGUGUGAACGUAAGCACUUAGAGAGGACGUAUGAAAUUAAGGGAUGGGCUAAUUUUGAAGAAAAUCCAGAAUUGUUAGAAACUGCUAGUACUCAAUUUAUAGAAUUAAUUGCAAGAAAGGGUGGUAGAUUAUUGAAGGGUGGUGAGCCAGACGAAAGUGGUGUUUCGAAGCAAGUGUUAAAUGAUUUCAACAGAGGUAAGAUUCCGUGGUUUGUACCUCCUCCAAAAGACGAAGAAGAAAAAAGUGGUGAAGAUAAAAAAGCAUCUUAUAAGAGAAAAAGGGCUGAAAGAGAAGAGAAGAAAGAAGCCAAGAAGCAUAAAGCUGAAGCAACCGAAGCAGGAACCGAAGCAACCGCGACUGAUGAUGGUCAAUGGGAAGGAAUUAAAGAUUAA